AUGAACAAGUACCAGAUUUGUGAUAUGAUUGGGGAGGGUGCCUAUGGCAUUGUCCUCAAAUGCAUCAACACGGAGACCAAGGAGGUGGUCGCCAUCAAAAAGUUCAAACACACGGAAGAUGAUCUCGUGCACCGCAACACCUUGCGUGAGCUCAAAAUGCUCAAGGCCCUGCGCCAUCCCAACAUCGUGCGCCUCCUAGAGGCUUUUCGCCGCAAGAAGCGCCUCAUCAUGGUCUUUGAGUUUAUGGACGGCAACCUCCUCGAGUCUCUUGAAGCCCAGCCUUAUGGCCUCGACAUUGAACUCGUCAAGCGCUACACGUUUCAGAUCCUCCUCGGUCUGCACUGGUGCCAUUCACACGGCAUCAUCCACCGAGAUAUCAAACCAGAAAACUUGCUCCUCUCUCAUGAUGGUCACAUCAAACUCUGUGACUUUGGCUUCUCCCGCCGCCUCGCCCCUGAUGGCGAACAUACGGAAUACGUGGCGACGCGUUGGUAUCGCCCCCCCGAGCUCCUCGUCGGAGCGCCGUACGACUACGCCGUGGAUAUCUGGGGCGUGGCCUGCAUCAUUGGUGAAAUGGCUGAUGGCCAACCCGUCUUUGCUGGGGACUCGGAUCUCGAUCAAUUACACGUCAUUCAAAAAGCCAUGGGCCCACUCCUGCCUGCCCACCGAGCUUACCUCGCGCGCAACAGCCGCAUGCGACAUGCCAAAAUCCUCCCCGCCUCUCGUCGAAAUGCCCUGGCCAGUCGCUACACGGCUGUUCUUCCUCUCCCUUUUUUACAGCUCAUGCUGGCCAUGCUGGCCAUGGACCCAGAACAACGACCCAGUGCCGAAGAG